AACAUCUGUGCGUACGCGGUCGUGAUUGUUGUGAAGAUGGCGGAGGGAGAGACAGAGAAGGAAUAUGAAAUAAGGAAAGCUAUCGAGGGGCUCCGAGAACGGUUCCAGGAAUUGACCACAACGCUAAAAGAAAGCUCGGAAUCACCGUCUGAUACCUCUUUGCGUUUCUGCCAGGAAUUCUGCCAGAUCCUUGUGGAACAUGCAGGCCGAUGGAAGACUGAGGAGGAGCCACUGCCUUUACUGGAGGCGUACAUAGUGGCUAUACUCAGUUAUGCCAAGGCCACCUCCUGUCUCUCCUCCGAAUGUGAAAAUGUGCCACUCGUACUUGAAAACCUAGCACUGAGCUGUCUGGAGCUCCUGCUUUCACUGCCUGAGCAUGUCCCUGGUGCCUUAUGGGGGGAGUUUCAGUCCUCUGUCAAGUCGGCACACAGCCUUUUGCUAGAAAAUGGGAACACACAGCUUCACAUGCUAUCAGCUAUGGCACAGGAGCCUGGUGUGUGGACCAACACCACUCUGUGCAGCAUUCUGUCUAAUGAGAUACCUGAAAUUGACAGAGUUAAUGAGUUCCUGCAGAUGGAAGGUCCUACACUCCUUAAUAUGCGAAUAAAGCACCUUAUCAAACAGAAUCGAGCAGAGAAAGCAGCUGUCUUAGCGAAGAUGUGCUCUGAGUAUCCAGAGUACGAAGGAAAAGGGAACUUCAAGCAGACAUACCUUGUUUGCCUGUGUAUGACAAAAACACAAGAACAACUCAUGCAAGAGAUCACUCAGGUAGACUGUAAGGAGGCAUUGGAGAUGAUUUGUAACCUGGAGUCGGAUGGGGAUGAAAAAGGAGCCGUUUGUUUGUGCUCUGCAUUCCUCAAGCGGCAGCUUCUCCAGGGAGAUGUGUAUUGUGCCUGGGAGCUCACACUAUUCUGGAGUAAGCUUUUAAUCCGGUCCGAGUCUUCAGCAGAUUCAUUUCUUGAUCAAUGCAAAAAGUUGGUCCUGCUUUCAAGGAACGUCUGUCAUAUCCUCUUCCUCAUCAAGGUUAUACAAUCCGAGGUUGGAGAAGUGGGACUGCCUGUGUGCAUUGAAAUGUGCAUUCGAGCUCUACAAAUGGCAUCCAGUGACAACACGGACAGCAGGACCACCAUCUGCAAAACUAUUUCCUGCCUUUUGCCCACUGAUUUCGAGGUGAAACAGGCAUGCCAACUAACAGAGUUCCUCAUUCAGCCUACUGUGGACUCAUAUUAUGCUGUUGAAUCACUCUAUAAUGAACCUGAUGAAAAGCGUGAGGAUGAGAAUCUUCCAGUACCCAACUCACUACGCUGUGAGUUACUGUUGGCCUUGAAGACACAGUGGCCUUUUGAUCCAGAAUUCUGGGACUGGAGAACUUUGAAGCGCAAUUGUUUGGCAUUGAUGGGUGAGGAGGCAUCCAUUGUGUCAUCUAUCGACACUCUCAAUGACACUGAGGGACUUGAAGACGAUGCAGCAGAAAAAGGUCCAGAGUUCAAAGACCUUGAGGACUUUAUUUUGAACACAACAAAUGAAUUGAAUGAAAUUGCAGAUGAAAAAGAGAAAAAUAGGGAAGCUAAGAAAUUAAGGGAGAAAGGGUUUGUAUCGGCAAGAUUUAGGAAUUGGCGAGCAUAUAUGCAGUAUUGUGUUCUAUGUGAUAAAGAGUUCCUUGGCCACAGGAUAGUCCGUCAUGCACAGAAGCAUUUUAAAGAUGGGGUCUACACCUGUCCAAUUUGUGCUGACAGCUUUAACACGAAGGAGAUCCUUGAGCCACAUGUAGCGUCACAUGUAAAGGAGUCUUGCAAAGAGCGACUUGCUGCUAUGAAAGCAACUAGGAAAUUGCCCAAGCCAAUGCAAUCCACCAGCACUCAUUGGAAUAAUUUGAAAGAUAGAGCUGUGGUUAAGCUUGAGGCAGAGACCAAUGUCAGUCCAAAUGAGGCACAUUUUCUGGAUGGAAAUCACAACAGUGCUGAAACUGUCCAAGUCAGUCCUAAAAAGCCAAUACAAAAUCAAGUAACUCCUCCAAAGCCUGUACCAACUAGAUAUGAAGUGGAAUUUACAGAGGAUUGUGUCUGCCCUGUUACAUACUGUCAGAAGGUAUUCAAGUUUUUUCGGAGUCUUGUAACACAUGUAAAAGCCCACAAAAAUGACGAGGAAGCAACACGGUUUUUGGAGAUACAACGACAGAAGGUUGUUUGUCAGUAUUGUCGUCGGCAGUUUGUUAAUGCCAGACAUCUCAAUGAUCAUUUGCAAAUGCACUGUGGUGCUAAGCCAUACUAUUGCAUACAGCUGAAUUGCACAGCCAGCUUUCACUGCAAUUCGGAACUUCUCAUGCACAAAAGACAACACACUGACUUUAAGGCACGGUGUAUGUUCCCUAAUUGUGGAAGGAUUUUCAAUGAGGCCUACCUGUUGUAUGAUCAUGAGGCACAACAUUACCUUACAUUCACUUGCAAAAUAGCUAAUUGUGGGAAGAUUUUCUAUUCACAGUCCCAACUAAAUUUGCAUCAGCAGAACCAUGAUAAAAAUGAAGUGCCCAUCACAAGUGAGAACCAUCCUGUACCUAAAAUGGAACCUUCCACCCAGUGCUCCGCUAGGCAAGAGGAAACCUGCUCUGCCUCUGUCAGUCUAGAUCAGAAGACUGCACAGGAUUAUGUGAAGGAAGGAGUGGUUAAAUCGGGUUCAUCGACAUCAACAGUUCCUGAGAACCCAAAUGGCCCAGUGAAAAUAAAACAUUCAGUCGAGAGCAUGUUGAAUUCUGUUAUCAAUCCUAAAAAGGAGUUACAGAAGUGUUAUGUUCCACUCAUCAAAACUAAACUCGGAUUGGAGAAUGCAAAACUAUCUCCUGCUGUCCCACACCCAUGCCAAGAUAUGAUUGGCAAUUGUGAGGAUCCCCAAAAUCACUGUGGAACCAAUCCCUUGAAAGGGUACCCAAAAGAGGAGCUGGAUAACCGACCAACUCAAGCUGUUCAGAAAGUGUUACCACAGGCCUUUCCUCUACCAGAAAUUAAGAGUGAACCCCCAUUUUUGCUACAUCCAUAUCAAAGCACUCCUGCAAUAACUGGUAGAGAUGAGGACACACAUAGUUGUCCACUUGAAGCAUGUGACCGCAAAUACAGCACCCCCAAAAGUCUCUCCCGACAUGUAAAGAAAAACCAUCCAGACAUUUUUGAAGACUGGAAACUGGCAAAGAAGUACAAGAAAGUUGCCAAAAUAACUUCGAGAAAGGUUCCAUCCGUGAACAGGACUUCACAGGACCCAAAGGACAAAACAUCACUUCAUCAAGUAUCACAAUGCAGAAAUACUGGACUACAGCAGUUCGAGUAUCCGAUGGCAUGUUCAAGUUUACCUGCUGUUUGCCCCCCUUGGGAAGCCCCACCAAACCAGACAGGUCUAAUGCAGUCAGAGAUGGGUGAAGCAUGGACAUCUACAUUGAACAAUUGCUAUGCAGAUGCCUUCCAUCUGAAUGAAUACCCCAAUAAGAGCGGAACUCCUUGGCAAUCAGAACCGCAUCAAACUGGCUAUCCAUUAGAAAGGGGCAGAGAACAUCCACCAGCAAAUAUGCAUGGUAGUGCCAUCCAACCCAUUAAAUCAGAAUCAAGUUUGAUGAAUCAGAUGUCAGAAUAUGUGUCAAGCUCACUUAUGCUAGAUAAUGGAGGACACAUGCACAGUGGAGGACAACACUAUGAGAUAAUUAACUCUGGGAUUAAUGCAGAAAGUGUUGAUGUUUCCCUAAUGAGAAAAAACUAUUCCAAUAUGUUUGCCCAAGAAAGUAAUGGUAACAAUUUGUCAGCUGGAGGUUUCCAUGCUUCAUAUGUCCCAGAUGAAUCUUCCAAUCUUAAUUCAAGAUCAAGGCCAUCAACAGACAUUCCAAGCAAUGUAUUGAGUCAUGAUGGCCAAGUAGCACCAAGAAACAUAGUGGAGAUGACCAACAUGGAGAACAUAACCCAUUUUACAUCACCCAGUUAUGAGAAUCAGAUGAACAGCUCUGUAGAUGACAUGCUUCUUAGUCCACAUGCUUCUAUCCAAACAGAUUUCUCGUAUGAUGAGGACACAUGUCAUACAGAAUCUGAAGCUAUCCCUGCAGACGCCAAGAAUGUUGAUCAUGAGACACAGACAGUAAAACGCUGCAGACUCAGCAAGAGAACGAAAUGGCCUGCUAUAAUAAAGGAUGGUAAAGUUAUCUGCCGAAGAUGCUUUAGAGAAUUCUCAAGCACGAAAUCUCUCGGAGGUCAUCUUUCAAAACGCUCCCAGUGCAAACCAUUAGAUGAAAUGGACUUAACAGCAGAUUUGCCUACGUCAUUUCUCGACUUUCUCAAUGACCCAAAUGUUCCUGAAACCAAUGGAUCAAUAUACAACUUGCUAAAUGUUGAAUUCCCAAAUCUCUCCACACCAAAUCCCUCUGAUUUGGCACAAAAGGAAACCCCAACACCACUGGAUUCUCAUUCAUUAAACACCUGUCCUUCAGUUUUGACCGGUGGACAAUCCAAACUCUGCCCAAAUAAAACAGAAGUUUGGAUAGAAUUGAUACAGUCAAAAAACUAUGCUGGUAGUCAGCAGAAGGAUGGAGAGUCGAAUGAUAGUCUUGCUGAAAAAAGGUCAAAUACAACUUCCAUUGCAGCAUGUCAAGAUGACAACGUUAUAGAAAUUCAAAAUGCCUUACAAAUGUUGGAUUUAGUUGAAGCUGCACAUGAGAAAAGUUUGCAGGAAAAUUGUUCCUCAAAGUACAAUGACCGCCAAAUCAAUGCGAUCUCAAGCGAUAAUGUCUGUCAAAAAGAUAGUGAUCAAAGCACGACAACAAAACCGAUUGUAAAGGAGGACCAGAAUCGUGACAAUGGCCCCAAGCCGUACAAGUGUGAAAUGGAUAAUUGUGAAUAUGGGUUCAUGACAAAAGAGGCAUUGUUCAGACACCUUGCUAGAGUUCAUGAUUACACAAUUGAGAUGAUCGAGGACCUCAAGAAAACCCCAGUCAAAUUCUCUCCAUAUCCUUGUCACAUUUGCCCAAAAACAUUUACCAGAACCACAGGCCUAAGAAUUCACUAUGAAAAAGUUCACCACCUGACGCAGGCAGAGAUGAACAAGUUAAAGGUUGGAAGUCGCAAAAAAAAGUCAAGCAACUCUACUAUCGAAACAGAGAUAGAGAGUAGUAACGGAACUGGAUCUUCAGUUGUGUCGACCUUCAUCAAACAAGAGCCACUUGAUAUUGACAUUGGCUGUCCAAUGCAAAGCACAAAUCAAGAGGGACAUGCACAGUCCUCUGAGGUCAUUACAGCAGGAGAUGUAGUACAAGAGGAUUCCUUCCAUCGGUUAACAGUUGAGAGAGUGCAAUCACCACAAGAUACUCUGGAGGACCUUGACAAGUCAUUUUACCAAUUAGAAUCACCAUCAAAGACAGGAUACACCAAGAAUGAGCCAUCAAUGACAGCCAUGCAAAUGAACCACACCCCAGUGUUGAAGCAGAAAUGUGAUGCAACAGAGGCGAUAUCCAACCAGGCUGUGAAACCCUCACCAGAAAAAGCAAGUUGUUCAAAAAACACAAUAUCUAAAGAUGAGGUUUAUGUGCAAAAGAAAGAAAAGGUUCAGAAAAGGUUGGGGCUUCAACUGUGCGAUGCUGACAAUUCUUUCAGCCCAUAUAGGCCGUACCGUUGUGUUCAUGAAGGAUGCGCUGCAGCUUUUACCAUCCAGCAAAAUUUGAUACUUCACUGUAGGGCUAUGCAUCAGUCAUCCCUUCCCCUGCCUUCAGGAGACCUUGAUACUGAAAUCCCUGGUGAACAAGCUGCUGAAGUCCAGAAUAAUGAAAUCAGAUGUCAAGUGAAAGACUGUUCAAGGAUAUUCCCGGGGAUCACAACCUUAGUGCAGCAUUACCUCUUACUUCAUAAAUUCACUCGAGAUAAAGCCACUGCUAUGAUGUCAAGCAUCAAUGUAGGGACAUUCCAGUGUGACCGGUCAGAAUGUACACUCUCCUUCACCUCUGUGGAGAAAUACAUUGACCACAUAAAAAACUUUCACAUGGAAAUAAACAUCUCUGAGCGAGGCAGUGUGGAUCAGACUUUCAAGUGUGAGUAUGAUGGCUGUGACCGGGUCUACACUACAAAGUCAAACCUCCUUCGCCAUGAGAUGAAAAAGCAUGAUUUAAUUUAUAUACCCAGAACACAGCAACAGAGAACAACAGGCGUCAUUCCCAAUAAUGGUAAAGAGAACAUUGAAAACAAAUUCAAAGUGAAGAAGAAAAACACUAAGAAGAAAGAUGACAAAUCACCUGACCACUGGACUAGCUUUGGAAAACCCUCUCUGAAAUCUAUGGAUGAAGCAUCUGCCAUGUGCACAAAAAACUUCUCUUUGCAAUACCCAUGCAUGAUAAAAGGCUGUGAUGCUGUUGAACGGGCUGAACGGAAUAUAUUCAGACAUUACACCACACAUGGCCUCACUGAGAGAUAUAUAGAGGAUCAGAGAAGUCAGUUCAUAUUCUGCAAAAAGUACCCACGCUCAAGAUUCAAAGAUGCAAACAAAUCCGAGGGUAUGUCAACAGACGCCUCCGCUGAGGAAACUGACCCUAUUGAGAGUGAACCUGAGAUUUCAAAGACCAACUGUCAGAGGCAAGAAGCGUUGGAUGGUAUCAUUCAAGCAGAGGCUAAACUGUCAACUGAUGCUAGUUCUGAAUUGCAGUCUUCUACUUCAGAGGUCAAAAAGAGGGGGCGUCCACUAAAAUCGGAGCGGCGAGCAUUAGCUUGUCCGGACAGAAGGUUGACUCUGAGAAAUCGUCCGGCAGAUAAAGUUUACCAGUUGACAGACACUUCAGACCAGGGCUUCACUGCUUCUCAAGAGGAAGAAACUGAGGAUGGUGUUGCACUGGACACUUUCCUAAAGUUCCUGGAAACUUCACCAUCGACCCACACUCCCAAAAGAAAAAUGAGUGGAGGUUCAAGGACUGAGUUGCCAUUAAAACGGCAGCGUACCCCUCAGCAGAAGACGGCCAAUAUUAUAUGCAAAACACCUGAUAUAUUUAUUGGAGCCUGUCAAAACCUUGUAGACUUCAGAAAUCCUCUCAGUCUUCAAUCGGUGAACAAUGUGAAGAUAGUAAUGGACAAAACUUUUUCCAAUGGUGCUGAUCUUUUGCUAAAGCAACUUCAAGAUAUGCGACCCAUGGUUUUAAUAAAAAAAGUGGCUUCAUAGUUGAUGGAUCGCUCACAGCCUGAUGUUUUUAUGUUUUACUCUUAACUCAGGAUUAGAAAAGUAACAUGCUGCAAACAUAUGUUAAUAUUAAUCAGAUAUCCAAUGGUAAACCGUUUUGACCAUUAAACAAUUGAAGAUAGAGUAUUUUCUACUUAUGACAUGUUAUGGUUGAUUUUAAGUUUGGAUAAUGUUAGUCAUAUAAGAACCAGGUAAUCUAUAGGAACAUAGACUUUAGAACAUGUUUGUAUUUAUGAGGCUUCUAGUACUAAAAUUGUUUUUGCUAAAUGAAGAAUUUUAAGGAAAAACAAAGUUUUUAUAUAUCCCUAUGGGAUUAUAUUUUUUGUUUAUUUAUUUUGUUUUUUCGACACUAGUAUCUGUAAUAUUUACAUGUCUUCCACAAAGUGUUCAAUAAAAUGUAACUGUUUGCUUUUGUAAAACUUUGUUUGCAGGAUGUUAUUUACAUUCAGUAUUAUAAAGCAACUAUGUGGAGAGCUCA